CACUGACACUUGGCCGCUAGCACACGCACACCACCGCAGUGUGCGGCGAAUUCACUUCGCCGUAGUUUAAUGCGCAUUUCAUUCUCCUUGGCGCUCUCCUCUUUACUAGUUUUCUUUCCUUAUGUCGGUAUAUUCUUGGAAGUAGUGCCGUUGUGUUGUUGCUGGACUUAUUUGGUGAAUAAAAACUAGAGCGUGCUCGUGAGUGCGAUGACACCCAUCGCAGCGCAGUAUUGCACUAUCGAUAAACGGCCGUGCAGGAAUUCUGCGCCUUAAUGCUUGUUAGGUUUAAAUGGUUAACGCAUUUGCCUUGGGGGGCUUAAGGAAACAAUAGCGUAUAUUGGAAUAACAUUUCGUUGUUUUGCAUGCGCUAAUUUAGUAAUAAGAGCGAUAGGUAGCACACUAUCGAUUGUUAUCGCUUUUACCCGUAUUCGGAUUCGGCGCCACAGUUGUUGUUGUCAUUCGUUUUGACGACGCCGUGAACUUUACAUGUGUGCUACCCUUCCAUUGAACGGUUAAUUAAGUUGGAAAGAGGAGCGGAAUAAUGUAAAGGAAAAGAAAAGAAACCGCUUUAUGUUGUACACGUACAUAGCUUGCACUUUCCAUGGACAUUGAUGGCAUGUUAGUUGCUGCCAUUCGGUGAGUGACGGUGAUUGGUGAUGAUGUGAGCUCAAAUGGCAGAUCUGGAUAGUUGAGCCUAAACCAUGCUGUGCAGUGCGUAGCCUUGCAAUAAGCCCUAACCCCAAACCCAAUCCCACAGAGGACUCGGAUACGGAUCGAGCCCCCAGCGCCGCCUGCAGAAUGGAGGAGAGCGAGGACGACGUGGUGGAGGUGUCCUGCGACAACGCGCUAAAGGAGCAGGUCCAAGCCAAGCUGAAGGAGAUCCGUUCGUUUGUGCCCUUCAUCCAGAGUGUGCGAGCGAAUUACCAGAAGUCCCUAUCCGAUCUCCAGGGCAACCGGCUGGACUCCCUGGUGGGUCUGCUGCAGCGCGAAAAUGUAUCGAUGUCCACACUCACCAAGAUCGAGAGGAUCAUCGAAAAGCUGAAGAACAGAUUCGAUCCGAAGAUACCCGGGGAAGUCAUCGAAAUCACCGACCACUCUGAGUCCAAUGCGACGACAACCUCCUCCGCUAAGCCGAAACCCGGCACACGACCACUUCCCCAACAGCGGACCAAGCCUUCGCAUACCCGUUCCAAGCUAAACGGCUUAGCCAUCCUCUCACCAGCUGCCACUAAGCCGUCACCCACACCCGAGGCCUUGGUUGCCGAUUGCAAGACGAUCAGAUCACCAAUUCCGGGUGCAGCUGCCAGCAAGGCCAACAAAGCGAUACCAAAUCCGGAGCGCAGCUCGGAUUUAGCAAAGAUUUCUGGCUUUGGCUCUGGUUCCUUCACCACCUCCUCCACCAACAAGAUGUCGGAAUCCGCGGCUCAGAAUCGAGCCCCUUUAAAGGCUCCCUUGGCCAUUUUAAAGUACAAGCCGCAACCAGAUGAUGAGCAAAAACCUGCGACGGAACUACUCGCCCCAACUCAAGCACCAGCUCAGGUUCAGCAUCAGGAUACAAAGCAACAUGCCAUUCCAGAGCCCGCGCCAUCCGCUCUCGAUAAGAAACGCGGUUCGGUGUACAGUUCUUCGCUCAAUCGCGGAGUGCUGGCUGCCAUGCAAGAGGCCCGCAUGGAGGAGAAGAAGCAGAGGGCCAACACCCAUCAUACAUCGCCAUCAUCAGCCAAAGAAUCGUUCGCUAGAGCUUCGCCAGAGAAGGACUUCUGGCGUCGAUCUUAUCCUGAAGCGGUGGAGUUCACCCGCCGCUUGCCAGAAAAGCCGGUGCAACCGGCAGAUAUGCCUGAUUUUGUGCGUCGAUCCACACCGCCUGUGCCCUUCCCCGUGCUGGAAGCCUCCUCAAGGCAGGAUGACUGCGUGGUUCCAGCAACGCUGUGGGAGUCCCCCUCCCUGGAGGAAGCGCGGAAGAAGCUGGCCGCCUUGCGAGGGGGAGGAACGGGAGCCGUAGCAGGAGGCGUACAGGAAAUGCCGCCCCUGGCCUCCAACAUUAAUGAUCCGCGCGGUAAAAAGAACUUGAGCUUAAACUUGCCCACGCCCGUGACCAAUAAUAUUAACAACAAUAGCAUAAACUUUCCGCUCAUGACCCCGGCUCCCAGAGUUCGUACUCCAUCGCCUAUUCCGCCACCGCCGAGUAUGAAGCGCGGUACUUGGGCCGCCUUUUCGAGCAGUCCACUGAAGAUUGGCUUUAAUGAUCCGCGUGUUUCGCAUCAGAACUCUGAAUCUCCUGUAGAUCCUCGAGUCCAGAGGGAAGCUAGUAUGGAAGUAAGGCCCCUUAUUAACGGCAGUGAGCCCCGAGAGCAGCCCCGUGAUCCUCGCAUCUGGCAGAACAAGCAAUCCCAUUCACAUCAUCAACAGCAGCCGCCACCGGCGCAAUAUCCCAGUGAUCCACGUCGCGCUUCAAGCGUCUACAGCGGCUUUGAAGACGCCGCCAAUAGCUGGCAGUGCUCCAACAACAAUGUUAACGGCAAUGGCAGUGCCUUCAAUAAGUCCAGCUGGAGUGGCAUUCCGAAUGGGAGCGGGUCCAAUGCCAGAGGCUUUGCCAAUCAAAAUGGUAGUGAAAAUGCAGGAGGCUUUAAUGGCUCGCAAAGCUUCAGAGGCGUAUAUCGUGGAGGACACAACAGCCGGGGUUUCGGUAACUCGGGUCCCCGCUUCGACCGAACCCACGACGUGCCUCGCACAUAUGGGGAACACCGCAAGGCCAAGGCUCGCGCUGAGGCGGAGGCCAAGGCGAAGGCAGCGGAGGAGGAACGCCAGUUCAUAGCGGACAUUCAGCGGAAGUUGGAUGCCGAAGAGAAGCGCAAGUUGCUUGCGGCAGAGGCGCAGCGAAAAAUGAAAGAGAUUGAGGCCGCGUCGGCGUCGUCACCGGUGAUGCCUACUCCGGAACUAGACACCUCCUACCGCACCGUCACGCUCGGUCCUCUGACAAAGAAGCUAGACUUUCGGAUACCGAAGAAAACUCCCCCGGCCCCAGCAGCAGCACCAACGACGCCCGCUCUCAAUGGGGAAGGGGACAGCUUAAGCUCCUCCUCAAAUUCAUCCACGACCAAAUCCUGUGAUGCCAAAAAGGAUAAAGAUAAUGAUAAGAAUAAAGAUAGGCAUUUAGAUAAGGCUAAGGAUAAGGAAAAGGACAAGGUAGAAAAGGGCAAGGACAAGUCGGAAAGCAGUCUGGAAAAGUCCAACAAGCAUCACAAGUCGCUCGACAAGAAGACCGAGAAGGAGAAGAAUAAAUCCGCCAAGAAGGAAAAGAAGAGACUAGAAAAAGAGCGUGAGAAGAAAUCGCGAGUUGGUGACAAAACUCGUGAGUUCGCCGACAUGGAAAGCGUGAUCAGUGUGAACAGCUCCGAAAAUACAGAUAACCUUGAGAACGAACCGCCCGUCAGCGAGGCUAACUCCUCUCCCGUUCCAGAGCUAGCUCCCGGUACACCCGACAUCCACUCUUCCAUACCUCCAGCGGUAGUUGAGGCGAAGCAUCCGGAGGAGGAUGAAGAUGAGGAUGUGCUUGCCAAAUUGGACAGAGCGAAGAAAGCGGCCCUUGAGAAGGCUGCGGAGGAAGGGCCAGCAAAAGAAAAUUCGAAAGAUAUAGGACCUGAAAACGUCGCCGACGAGGCUAAGGAGGAUGCCCUAGACGAGGACGAUAAACCGCCAAAACUGUCCAAGCUAAAAAUAGUGCUUGGUCCCAAUGCCCAUACAUUGAUGGUGAACCCUGAUGAAGGCAGCCUGGAGAAGGAAGCCAAGGUGACGGACAACAAACCUAUAGGAGAGGAUGAUCACGACGACGAAGAGGUGCCCGGCCCGUCGCCUCAACUUCUGCGCCGCAUCAUGCAGCGACGUAACUCCAUGGCUCCCACCGCCAGUAAGCCGCUGGUCGACAAGGCAGACAUCUUUACCCCCAGCCUCCUCUACGAGGACCUGCAGGAGCAGAAGCGAAAGUCACAGAACGCCCGCAGCCUGGCCAACAUGUUUGAGAAGACCAACGACAACUGUACCGUGUCCACGCAGAACAUUAUCAGCGGGAAGCGUCGCACUCGCGGCGUGGAGGCAUCCUUCAACGAGACCCAGCUGAGUCGGAGCUGCUUUGGUCUGGGCCAGAUAAACAGGUCGCGGACAAAGGCCACCGAUGGAGAUGCUGGUAGGGCAAAGACGCCUGCCCCAGACAGCACUAAGCAUGCAGAAGAUUCGUUGGGUGUUCAUGAUCAUGUUGAUGGUCCUAAUCCUAUUCGUGGUCCUAAUCGCAAGCGCAGGCGACAAACCAUUAGCAAGGACACUUCCGAUAAGCCUGUGGGGCGCAAGAAGGCACGCUUGGAAAGUAUCGAGGUUAAGGACGCAGAUAUCUCUGUAAAGCAGCCGUCAGAAGACAACGAGGAAGUCAUCAUUAUGGAUGUGGACGAAAACUCCUUCGCGCCGGCGGCCCCUGUUACCGUGAUCCAACCGCCACCGAAACCCCGCGCUAAACCCCGAAAGAAGCGCAACGAGCUGGACAAGCUAAACGAGGACAUUGCGCAGAUGUACUAUGGCGAGGAGGUGCUGCGGGCCACCGGACGCAGGGCCUGCACCCGGCGCUCCCGCACUCCCUCGCAGACGCGCUCCAGCAGCCAGCGCUCCCGAACUCCCUCCCUCUCACGAGUCUCACCGGCCCCCGACAGCAUCUCCAGCGUUUCUCUGGGAAGUCCCAUUUUCACCCGGAACAUGGCGCGAAGGGGUAAGCCCUUCAGUCCCAGAUCCCGAUCGUCUGGCAUAAAUCGGACCACAUUCAAGGCCAAGACCUUACCAAAGCCCAAGCGCUGUCAGGUGAGGAUACAGCGAUGUGCUGCUCUGGAAGAGCUGCUUAAGAACCAGGAUGAUCAAGAGCAGAAGCCAGCGAAGAAGCGCAAGAAGAAGGAAAGGGAAGUUCGCAACACAAAUCCCGAAUGGCACGCCAAGUCGAAGGCUGCCAUCAAGUGUGUGGUUUGCUCGAAGCCAGUCCGAAGGAGCCCUCUCUGUCACUACUUGUUGAAUCACGAGGAGCACUAUGCCUCCCGCUUACCGCCCGGCGUGCUGGAAGAUCUGCGGCUCGGACGCGGCAAUCGGCCGGACUACUGGAUUUCACAGCGGCACUAUAACAUGUUGCACUUCACUUGUCCGUUCUGCCAGAAGCCACUGCUACUUAACCGGCUGAGUCUGGGUGAACAUUUGUCCGCCCACAUGGGCGAGCCGCGUCACCAGUGUUCCCACUGUCACUUCCCGCAGAACCGCCUCAUUAGGCUGCAGGCGCACACCGCGACCUGUGGCCCAGGUGCCAAGCCACUGAGUUAUCCCGACAACUGCCGCUUGCCGAUGACGGUGCACGUGUGCCACCUCUGUCAGUUUGUGCAGCAGAACAAGGGGAACAUGGACCGGCAUCUGAUGCAGCAGCACGGUCUGACCAAGGAGCAGCUUAAGAGUGUGGAGCGGGAGGAGCUGAUGCUCUGCUCCCUGAAGGACGUGCCGACAGCCGAGUCGCAUGAGGAGGCCACCGCAAUCCUGCAAGAAAACGAGGAUAUAACCUCCGAGCCAAGCACAAGUGCAGCUGCCAAGGUGCCCACCACAAACAAGGUGCCCAGCACACCCAAAGUGUCCAAGGGGACCAAAAAGGGUAAACAGCUAAAGAAGAUCAAGAUUCGAUUUAAGAACAUGGCCAAGAAAUCGGUGCGUCUGGUGAAGCGCGAAAGGGAAGAGAAGGAGGAACAGGAGCGGGAAAGGGAAGAACAAGAGGAGCAGCAGGAACAGGAGGCAGAGGAGAAUCGGGAGCAGCAAAGGGAGGUGACCAAAAUGGAGGUGGAUCAUGACAUGGGGCGGCUACCGCAGCCACCGCCAGAAAAGGAGCCCGUGCUGGUGGUCAACGAGUGUCUGGCGGAUGUCGAAAUGGAAUCGGAACCGGAGGAGGAAGUGGACGAGGGGCACGCCAUCAAAAACAAGAGCUUGAUGGUGGAUGAAAAGCCUGUCGUGCUUCCCGGCUUAGGCACUGACCUUGUGGCAGCAGAGCCGAGUGGCGUAGAACCAGAGCCAACUGUAUUAGAACCCGAGAAAGCAACCCCAGCGCCCAUGGACGACGAAGAUGCAGAUGUGGAUGUGGAGCAGCUGACUCCACCGCGGCCAAAUUCUGUUACGAAUUCUUCUGCCGAGGAGAUUCGGGCAGUCACGCUGGCCGAGUUGGCCGGCGAUGUGCUCGAUGGUAUUGGCAGCGAUUGCUCCGACGUUGAGGUUAAUGAGGAACCAGAGCCAGGAGGAACAAAUGGCGAGAAGGAACAUGACGCCGAUUCGAAUGAUGAUGAUGGGGACAAAGCAAAAGCGCCCACCGAUGAGUGGGUGGAUCUGAAGACUGCCAAGAGGAACUCCAAGGGCUCCUCGAAGAGCAUUUUCCAGAAGUUUAAUCGCUUCUGCUCGCGCCUGAACAAGGCAGCCCGAUCCGGAGGCAAGUCAGUGGCCUCCAAUGGCAGUCAGAGCAGCGAGUGCAGCCACGACAUGCCCGAUCCCAGCGAGCUGAUGCCAAGAAUGCGACCUCUAGAGCCGGAGCCGGUAACGGAGAGAAUGGUCCCGGUGCCCGUUUCUCCUGCGUCAGCUCUUGCGGCUGCACUUGUGGCCACUCCCGAGGCAGCUUCAGCCUCAUAUACGGUGCGUCUUAAGUCGCCACCCAAACGGGUGGAAAAUGUGGCUUUUCGAAAGUCCCUCUCAGAAGGCGACGAGUCGCAGCAGGCGUCCUAUUUUUGCGUGCGGCCGGGCUGCACUUUCCUCUUCUCCAACGAACUGGAAGGACUCGAGAAUCACUUUGCGUUGGAGCAUCCGUUGGUUCGCUGGAGCGGCAAAUGCGCAAUAUGUCCGGAGCUUAAGGGGUCCGAAACACUCCUCAGCAUUCGCGAGGAGUUGCGUCACAUGAGGUACGAGCACAUGGUGGUCAAAUCCGCGCCGACUCUCAUACCGCCUGCAAUAGAGGAGCCGGUGCUUGUUCUUCCGGAAACUGAGCCUAUUGCUGCUCCCAAUCCCAAUCCCGAGCCAGCUCCCGCUCCUGUGCUCCCCAAGCUGCGGGUGCGUCGAUUCACUGGUGAUCGCCUGGUAGAGCAAUUAGCGGAUGAUAAUCAGACGAAAGCAGCGGUAGAUCCAUCCAAUACGCAGGCGCUGUUCAAUGGGAUGCUGAGGGGUCUGCUGGCGGCAGAUUCGCGACCACCUAGCCAACAGGUCGACUUUAAUGCCGCCGGACUGGGGGAGUUCCUCAGCGCCAAGCCAACUUCGCCGCCCAAGGAACCAGCCCCUGAAGAACAGCCCCUGAUUAUCAACUAUCAAAGUGGGUUGGGCUUGUCGAUUAGCAAUGUGUACAGCAGGGCUCAGAUGACCGCCGAUUCAGUGCUAUCGCCAGCCAUGAAGGAGCCGCACCCUGACCAGGUGGCUCCAGUGCAACGUAAGCGAUUCUGUUGCAUGGCCACCGGUUGCAACUUCACCGCCCACAAGGUCAUGUUUGUUCGCGAGCACAUGAAGUUCCACAGAUACAGCUUCACCUCCUCUGGCUACCUGAAAUGUGCGUACUGCUCCCACGUGGCGGUCGACGUGGAUGACUACCUUCGUCACGGUGUGAUGAUUCACGACCUGGCCCCACGCUCCGACCUGGAGAACGGAUCGAGGUCACCCUCGGUUAGCCAGCAAAUCCGGGAUAUGCUCAGUCAGCGGAGCACUGCGCCUGGCGGCGGUUCCCCCGCAACUGCAAACACGACGUCGACUGAGCAGUCCGAUCCCGCUACCACUGGUAACCCAGAGGCUGGAGGAUCGGGUUGGGGGGCGGCCGUCGGCUCAAAUGGGUUCGUUUCCGUAUCUGUUGCGAUCACAGAUCUGCUCAGACCGACGGGAUACAGCGAAGACAGACUGUACGCCUGCCCCCAAAAGGGCUGCAUCGUCCGGCUGACGGAGGAGCAGUUCGUGAACCAUCUGCGCUACCACAUCCGCAGCACCCACCAGGGCAGCGAGCAGGUGAAGUGCAAGUACUGCACCCAGUUGAUGCAGCCGCCGGCUCUGCGGACCCAUCUGCAGCAGGCCCACGCCCGCCACAGCAUCUUCUGCGGCGUCUGCUUGGCCACGGCGGUGAACAAGCGCCUGAUGCUCUUCCACGUGCGCAAGGAGCACCCUGAGGCCUACGAGCUGGUCAAACGGCAGCUGCAGUUCAUCCCGCUGCGCAUGAAGCCUGAUGCCGUCGCCAAGGGCACCGUGGAAAUCGAGUGCUGUGUGGCCGCCGUGGAGCAGCCCUUCGGCGCCUACCAGAUGCACAAUUUCCAGCGCAAGCUCUUCGAGGAGCUGGAACUUCGGAAAACGGGCACCAAGACGAACUUCCGCUGCUCUGAGGUGCGCCUCCUGCCGCGCACCGCGAUCUUCCCCCGCGAGCUGCGCUGUGCGGAGUGCUCCUUCACCACCACGGUGCGGUCGACCAUGCAGAUGCAUCUCUACGCGCACAAAGAGGCGGCCAUUCGCCAGGCCUACCAAACGGAGGAAUCGGCAAUUGUGGUGGAAACAACAGGACCAACAGCUGCUCCACAGCAUGAGCCAGCUUUGGAUUCCGAGGAGUUGGCGGCAGGUUCCCAAGCAGCACUACCGCAGCGGGAUCUGGCGAUUCCGCCGAUUCCGGGAAAACACAAGGUAUUCAAACCCCCCUAUAAGUAUGUGCCCUCGGAGGUCCGCUUCCAUUGCGGCUUCGUCCACUGCGGACAGCGUUUCAACUCGGAGCUGGUGCUGCGCCAGCACAUGAUCAUGCAGCACAAGUACUCCCAGCUGAUAUACUGCCCGCACUGCAAGAUGCGGCCGGGUCAGGUCAGCGUGGAGAAGUACUUGGCCCAUCUCCUGACGCACAAGCGGCACGUCUACCAAUGCGGCGCCUGCAAUCGCCACAACAGCAAGCGUGUCGGCAUCGAGAGGCACAUCCAGGACCGUCACUACAACCAAAAUGUGGACGUGGUGGUGCACCGCCACAUGGACUACGGGAAAACGAUCACCUCCCGCUGGCUAAAGACGCCUAAACUGGCGCGCCAAGCCAUCAUGGAGUACACGUGCAACCUGUGCCAGCAGUACUUCCCCACGGCCUUGCAGAUCAUGGCCCAUGCGGCGUCCGUUCACAAACGGAGCCACCAGUAUCACUGCCCGUACUGCGUUUAUGGCGGCAACGCCGCCACUUUCAUCAUCGACCACAUUCGGAGCGAGCACUCGGGGAAGGUGGUGCAGCCGGUGCAGAUCUACCAGCGCAUCGUGUCGAAGAACAAGCAGACCCUCGGCUUCUACUGCAGCCUCUGCCGGGAGUCGGCCAGCAACCUACAGAAGAUCACUGCCCACUGCGAGGAGAAGCACAAGUCGCGCUUCAUGUGGAAGUGUCCGCACUGCGACGUUGGCCACUUGAACGAGCGCCACGUGGCCAUGCACAUUGCCGAGGCGCAUCCAUUGGAAAUCGGACUGUCUGUGAUCCAGUACGAAAAAGUGCUCAACGAAAUGCCCGACGACUUGAGUUGGGCCUUGGCCCAGCCCAUCGCAACGCAGACUGAUGAGGAGGAGGUGGAGGAGGACCAGCUGCCGGAACAGCUACCGGAACGGGACACGUUCCUGCCCGUGGGCCCGGGUCGGAUGUCAGGAGACAAACAGUUGCCGGAGCCACACAUCGUGACCGAGGUGGUGGACCUGCUGGCCUCGGACGACGAGUCCGAGGAGCUCGGCGAGAGUCCGGAUGAAUCGAAAAUCGUGGAGUUCGCUUGCACACACUGCGACGAGACCUACAGCAACUUGCAGGACCUGCGCAUCAAGCACUGGGCCGUCGUUCAUCCGGAGCAGCCUUUCUACUUCCGCGUGCAGCCGCAGCUGCUCUGCUCCGAGUGCAAGAACUUUAAGGGCAACGCCAAGGAUCUACGCGAAGAGCAUCUGCUCAAGGUGCACAGCAUCCGGAACAUCGUGGCGGCGGACAUUCGCCGGCCAGCGGAGUGCGCCUACUGCGACUACCGCUAUAAGGACUGGCAGGACCUGGCGCAGCACAUCAGCCGAAUGGGUCACCUGCCCAACGACCUGAAGCAUGUUACCAAUGAGGAGCUGAACGCCCUGAUGCUGCUCAGUGCCAGCGGGAGCGGCGGCGCCAUCAACGAGUACUACCAGUGCGGUCUGUGCAGCGUGGUGAUGCCCACGAAGGCGACAAUAGGCCAGCACGGCCAGGUGCAGCACAGCAACCCCGGAGAGCGCUUCUGCUUCCGACAGCUGAAGGCGGAUGUGAUCUACCACUGCUUCUUCUGCAUGUUCACCUCCACCGACGAGCUGACCACGCUGCGCCACAUGGUGGACCACUACAGCCGCUUCAAGGUCUGCCACUUCUGCACACUGGCCCAGGAUGGCGGCUUCGAUGAGUACAUCCAGCACUGCUAUGACAUCCACCGCGACGAUGUGCACCGCUUCCGGGCCGUGCACUCGUUCGGUGAUCUCAAGAAGUUCCUCAUGCAGGUGCACUACCAGUUCCAGAACGGCCUGAUCAUCACAAAGAGCAGCCUGCGCUACACGCGCUACAAUGACGAUGCCAUGAUUCGAAAGUUGGACGAGGAGCUGAUGGCCAAGGCUCAGCGCCCGCCGAUCCCGCGGCUGCACAUUCGACUCAAGUCGACGGGGGUCCAGGGCCCGGCGGAGGUGGAGGUGACGGUGCUGGAACCCACACAGUCUACGCGAAUCGCAAAGAGGCGAAAGACACUGAAUCCGGACGAACUACUAAGGAUCUUCCGCCAGGAGGAAAGGGCGCAACAGCAGCAGGAGCGGCAGCAGCUGGUGGUUCCAAAUGACAGAAUGGCCACAGUUCCACCUGGCCUUGUUCGACCGCCGAUUGCUAGUCGAUCUGCGCUGGGAUCUCCUCCGAUCGUGUCGUUGGUGGGAAACCAGGUCCGCAUUCUAAAGCGUCGCAACAGCCACGUGGUUCGCUCCGGACCCUAAAACCACAUCGAAACUAAGACAAGUCCACAUCAUAAUUAUUGUGAGAAUGCAAACAUGUUUAUUGGCUCCCAGCCCAUAGUCCCCAAUUCCUAAUUGUAUUGUGCUAGUUCCAAACUAAUCAAGCAUUGAGAAAUAACUUUUUUUCGACUAAGCUAAGACCAUAUUACUACAUUUGUAAGCGCGAAAACAGUUUUAAGAUCAAACAGAAUGUUAAGAGCUAAGAUAAGGAGAGACAGAUUUGGAGACUACAAUAAGACAGACGUCGGCUUUAAUUAAUUAAACUAGCGUGUUAAAUAUAGUAAGCUCAAGUAAUGGAUUUUUGUCGAAUACAAUGCGAGUUUUUAAUGGAA